CACAGUAAGCGCGCACGAGCCCAAAGCAUGCAGUUUGUCAUCUGAGCCCACUUCCUUCCAUCAACAACAACCACCCACUCAGAGCGAUAUCGUUCCAUUCUAUUUCUGCCGCCCACAAACCUGAGAUUGCUCUCACACACCAAGCCCAGGGCUCUAACGGCGUCCUCCAAGUUCGAUUCGACCACAUUCAGCCGCCAAAUCAACCGCUCAUCACACAGCCCGUUUUUCUCAUCCGUACCGUAUAGACUACUCUCGGGGACCAGCCCACUGGCUCCCACCCCCCCUCUUGUGCCACGCCGCGUUGUAACACUAGCGGGAGCUCAGAUUUGUGUCCCAGACAACCGCUCGGAACCGCAAGCCACCGAUUACUAUUUGGUUCGCUGCACAUCAUUCCGAACCACGUUCUAAUCUGUACGGCACAGCGUUAAACCUAAAUCAUGGGUAAACCUAGAGGUAGCAACACUGCGAAGACGAAAGCCGGGGCCGGGGCCACCAACGGCAGCAACACAAAAUCAACCACUCUUUCCACCCCCAAUGUACCACCCGCUUGGCCCCAGUUUAAGCCACCGUUGCCUGUUACCGACCUGGUUCCCGACAAGCUCGACUCUUGUCCCGACAAAAUCGUUCUGAUCCGCAACUUCUGGCCAAAAUCCCUCUGCAGUACAUAUGUCACCUUCCUUAGGGGCCUGCCGCUGAUCACCACCCCUGGGCGGCCCAAGCGGGGAGAAGCGGUUAGGGUGAACGACCGUUUUCAAGUGCAGGAUGCCGGAUUUGCUCAACGCCUCUGGACCGAGACUGGGCUGCGCGAAUCGCUGGGCCAAGAAGACAUUCAGGGUUUGUGGGGUGGUGAGGUCGUCGGCCUGAAUCCCAACAUUCGCAUCUAUCGCUACUCCAAGGGGCAGUAUUUCGACGCACAUUGUAAGUCUCAAUAACCCGAUCUUUGACCUGUCAUACGCCACAUGCGCCGAGGGGCUAUGAAUGGUCUGCGAGUCACGGGGGCAAGGUACCCAUUUCUGCAUACACUCAAGACCUGUGGCCGAGUAAUUUCAAUCAUCACUUUGCUAUGCUCGCAACAAGCAGCAAGUCACAACUUUCACGGUUUCUUAGAUGGCUAAAGUUGGGAUGCAAUGGAAGGACAGAGCCUGUCAAACAUUUCAUUACAAAGUCUCAGAAGGAAUUGCCAACUGCCACGUUGUUGUGUUGUAGGCUAAACCUCCUGAGUCCGCAAGGCCGGGUUGUUUGAAGGUCGUCGCAAGACAUUCAUCUUUCGUUCAAGCGGGCGGCCCUGAAUUGUCAAGUGCAGCGAACCUGUGCAAAGGAU